UCCCAGAUACCAGUAGACUGUCUUCUACUUGACGGCGCCGUUUUUGUUCCUCGCCCCUGCGCUUCACGUUAAACCAUCAAAUCGACAAAAAAGCCGCCGUCAUCUCGAACGCAUCUACUGGUCCAUCUGGGUGCAAGUUAAAGAAGAUUAAGUUAUAUUUCAAGAGCCGUAAAAUAUUUGAGGCCUUGACGCGGAGCUAAUGAGACUAAAAGCUGAAAUCGACGAAAGUUGAAUAUAAAACCGGGAUGGUUUAUCUGUUCGUUUUCCUGUUGGCCCGUCUGUCUCCAGCAUCUUCAGAUGUGGUACAAGUGAAACCUGGAGAUGAUGUCAUUCUGCCAUGUCAGGCUGGUGAAGCCUCCAUCAGAGCUGUAGAGUGGAGCAGACCUGACCUGGAACCCGAGUACGUCGUCUUUCACAGAGAUGGACUCUCAGAUCCAACCCACCAGCAUCCAUCCUUUAAGGACCGGGUGCAGCUGGUGGACAGAGAGCUGAAGGACGGAGACGUGUCUUUAAUUCUGAAGAAUGUGAGCAGCAACGACGCUGGAACAUACGAGUGUCGAGUUGCAACAGAAGGUUCAAGACGUAAGAGAGCCAUUAUUAAGACUGAGCCAAUCAGAAUCAUCCAGCUGGAGGUUUCAGGGUCCAACAGCGGAGACGUCGAGGAGGGAAACUACAGACAUUACUACGGAUCUGUAGCAGGUUUUGUUGUGGUUUGUGUAGUUGUUGUCAUCAUUGUCGUCUGGAAAUAUAGAAGACCCUGGGAGAGCCUGGUUAUUUGAGGCAGUGUGGAAGUUGAGCCACACAUUUUUUAAGGCUUAGAGUUUAAUUACAAUAUUCUAAAAUAAAAAUACUAAGGUACAAGUAAAAUAUCAGAUAUUUUAAAAACAAUCAGAGAGCAGACUAUAUAAAAGUACUUUGUUACAGUAAGGAGAGUAAAUGUAGUUGGUUGCUUGCAGCCUCAGCACUGAUGUAUCACAGGGAGCUUCAUGAACAGAUUAACCAGCUUUAAACAGAAAAACGGUCUCUGAUGUCUGAAAUGUCAGCAGACAGAGCGCAAACCAAACCUGUUGAAACCAGGUGGAGAGAUGUCUGUGGGUUAUCCAAUACAUUUCAUCUGUGAAGUUUGCACACAUACUUUUUCUUUAAGAAGCUGGUGAUGGGUGUCUGAUCAUCAGGUUCCAACAGCAGAGACGUCAAGGAGGGAAACUAUGGUCUUUACUACGGACUGGUAGCAGCUUUUGUUCUGGUUUGUUUAGCUGCUGUUGGAUUGGCUGUUUGCUGGAAAUAUAAAAGUCAUAUUGACCAGAGACCAGAACAGUCUGCUGCUGCUGAAACAGUGAACGACCAGUUACUCUGACUUGUCACAGACUCUUUCCACCUGACCACAUGUAUCAUUCAACAACAACAUGAGUUUCAGUCUUUCUGUUGUUAUGAAUGUGCAAGUCUGGAGUUUGGUGCUCUCCACCAUGAUAAUCUGCA